AUGGACGCUGUGAUGUCCUUCUCUCAACAUCGGUUUGUUAGUGAAUUCCGCAAGCCUCUUAAUUUCAGUUCGUUUGAAAAAUUAAUUUUCACUCAUGUUGUAUCGUAUCCAUACAAGGUUCUUUCUCUUUGUUCUUUACUUUUUUGCCCUGUGCGCAAAAAUGCAAAGACUCAUGAAAAUGUACCCCAUAGUCCAUAUCAUAACCCCCAUAGUUGUGCACUCAUUCCUUUCAAAGAAACAGUUUUCCACGCGAAAAUGAAAAGAGACAAAUCAGAAAUAGCACCUUUAAAUAAUUCACAAGUUUCUAUUGUUUUCCGACGCCGUCCAUCAGUUCUUCCAAAAUUGGGAUAG